AUGAAAUUUAUCAUAAUCCUGGCGUGUCUGGUGCUCUAUGUGGCCCAUUCCGAGGCACAGUGGAGCACUUGUCGCGGUAUUCCUAACCGGCCAAUUUGCGUUGGCCGCAGAGACGAGGGCUUCGUCAGUCGGCCCAUCUGCGCCAGGAAUGCCAAUAGGGAGAUGUGGUGGUACGACAACCUCAGUCGCACCUGCCAGAGACUCUCCUACAGGGGCUGUGGCGGCAACAGCAAUCGCUAUUGCACCCUAAGCGAUUGUCUGAGAAGGUGCAGGCCCUUUUAAUGCUCCAAAGAUAUUGUGAAAAUUGAAUAUUCAAAUAAAAUCGAUUUACCUUUAAAACUUUAGUUUUUAUACUCCGUUUCCCUAAAUCU